AUGAUAUUUUUAAGAAGUAAAAUGAUUAGCAUUAAAAUGCGCUCAGCAAAAAAGAAGAUAAUCCAAGCAAUGGCAGCGUAUUCUACCAAAAUUUCUCUCAAUGAUGUGGUCAUUGCAUCUGCAGUAAGAACACCAAUCGGUUCUUUUAGAGGAAGUUUAGCUUCUUUGUCAGCAACUGAGCUAGGCAGUGUCGCAGUAAAAGCAGCAGUCGAAAGGGCCGGCAUUCCGAAGGAGGAAGUUAAAGAGGUGUACAUGGGAAAUGUAUGCUCUGGCUUUGUUGGACAAGCUCCAGCAAGACAGGCUACAAUUUUUGCUGGCCUCCCAAAAAGCACAAUAUGCACAACUGUUAAUAAAGUUUGUGCUUCUGGAAUGAAAUCUAUAAUUUUAGCUACACAAGGUCUACAAACUGGCACACAAGAUAUCAUUCUUGCCGGUGGAAUGGAAUCUAUGUCAAAUGUACCCUUUUAUUUAAAAAGAGGUGAAACUACUUAUGGUGGUAUGCAAUUAGUCGAUGGCAUUGUGUGUGAUGGAUUGACAGAUGUAUAUAAUAAAAUCCACAUGGGAAUGUGUGCAGAGAAUACAGCAAAGAAAUAUGAUGUUUCAAGAAAACAACAAGAUGAAUAUGCUAUAUCUAGUUACAAAAGAAGUGCUGCAGCUUAUGAAGCAAAAGGAUUUGCUGAUGAAUUAGUCCCAGUAUCUGUGCCACAAAAACGUGGUGCCCCACCUGUUAUUUUUGCUGAGGACGAAGAAUAUAAAAAGGUUAAUUUUGAAAAAUUUGAAAAGCUAGGACCAGUUUUUCAGAAAGAAAAUGGCACAGUGACAGCUGGAAAUGCAUCAACUUUAAAUGAUGGUGCAGCAGCAAUGGUAUUGAUGACAGCUGAGGCUGCGAAAAGGUUGAAUGUCAAGCCUUUGGCCCGAGUUAUUGGCUAUGCUGAUGGAGAAUGUGAUCCUAUUGACUUUCCUACUGCACCAGCCAUAGCCAUAAAGAGUCUAUUAGAAAAGACUGGAGUUAAAAAAGACGAUGUUGCUCUUUGGGAAAUUAAUGAAGCUUUCAGUGUUGUGGUUGUGGCAAAUCAAAAAAUUUUAGACCUAGACCCCAAGAAGAUAAAUGUGCAUGGAGGAGCAGUCAGCCUCGGCCAUCCUAUUGGCAUGUCAGGGGCUCGCAUUGUAGUGCACUUAUGUCAUGCAUUAAAACAAGGCGAAAAAGGUGUAGCUUCUAUUUGUAAUGGAGGUGGUGGUGCUUCAUCAAUAAUGAUUGAGAAAUUGGCUGAUGGUGUUGACGGCCCUCCUAUUCUAACAUUCUAUACAAAAGAUCCUUGUCAACUUUGCGACAUAGUAAUGGAAGAGCUAGAACCCUAUAAAAAUAAAUUAAUAAUUGAAAAAAUAGAUAUAACACAAAAAGAAAAUCUUAGGUGGCUUCGAUUGUAUAGACUAGAUAUACCAGUAUUAUUUUUAAAUGGUAAAUUCCUUUGUAUGCAUAAAUUAAAUCAUGAUAUAUUAAAAAGGAGAUUGCGAGAAAUUGAAGAUAAAAAUAUGAGGAAA